CGCAAGUGACGUAACCGGCAGGGCACGUUUGUGGCACAUGAAUUCCGAAACAUUGCUCCUCAUAUGAAAAAGGUAACAUGGCGAAGAAUAAGCAGAAAGGAAAAAAACAGAAGAGUGUCUUCCAAGUAGCAAACAGGCAUCUGAAGAUGAAGAACAAAGCAAAACCUGUCACAACAUCGCUAAAAAAUAUCAACGCAAUGAAAAAUGAGAAGGUGGAAAACCUAAACCAGAUAUUUACGGAGGUGCAGAGGGAUGUGAAGAGCAUUUCCAAAGGUGUUGCACCACCAACAAAGAAACAAACACAGGGCCCGAAAGAGCCACCAAAGGAACCGGUAAAUGUUGACAACGCUGCUGAGCUUUUCUCUCAGCUUUAAUGAUGACUGAUUCAAUUUUUUUCUGGUGGACCUUGUCAUUAAAUGUCACAAAGAGGAAUGCAGAUUUCCCCCCAGCAACAGCAUGUUGUUUAAUCCUUUGGUGAAUCUGCAGAAGUUUGUAUAUUAGCAGCAAAAACGGGACAGUCAACAAUUAAUUUUCUGCUUUUGUUCUUGAGUAAUUUUUGUAUGUUUACACAGAUUGAUUAAUAAAACAAACAAAAAAAUAUAAUUUAAAAGAAACGAGUGAUGUCUUUGAAUCAAACACCACUUCAUAUGUUUUGAUAUUUUUCCUUGUGAAACUGCAGUAACUGUUUUUGAACGCGAACCUAACACUUUUAAGUGAAGUUGUAAGCAUGAAUUAGAAUUAAAAUUAAGAAUCAAUUUAAAUUUAUACAGCCAGUUCUUGUCUAGUUUUUAUUAAGUUGUUUUCCACCAAGCCAAACUGCUUUAAUUAUCCCACUAACACCUGUAGAUGCAAUUUAAUGUUGCUGUCGCUCUGUCGCCACCUAGCGGCCAGAAC